CUCUCUAGUUUUUGAAACUUCUUUUCUCUGCACCAGGGGAGGGUAGAGGAGAUUAAAUGGGAAAACUGAAGGUGAAAUCUUCCUUUAAAUCCCUCCAAGAAGCCAUCGCCAGCCUCAAACCAAUAGGGCCCCUUUGCAUCCAAGAGGCCAAGACCCAGUCCUUCGGAGAAGUAGACCUCUACUCCAGCUUUAAUUACGUCUACUACACCCCUUCCACCUCUUCUGCUUCCUCCUCGUUGGGUCUCUCCAAGCUUCUCCCACCGCAACCCCGCCUCGAGGAGGAUUUCCUCUCCAGUGCCCCCACCACUUCCACCAUGUCCUCCUUUACUCUAUCAGCUGAGCCUCAUGAGGAAUAUCCCAACGACCUCCCCAAAGGUCCGAUAAGCUCCGCCAGGUUCUUCUUCUCUCCCCGCACCACCAAAUCCAUAAUGGAGGAAGCCAAAGCCGAGACCGACGUCCUAAAGAUAUCACCUUUUGGCGAUCCAUGGCCGGAGAUUGGGGCGAUGGCGGGGGUCGAGAAGGCCUCAUUCCAUGAAGAGAGUGUGGCACUAGCCAUGGCGUCGGACGACCCGUAUCAUGACUUCAGAGCGUCCAUGGAGGAGAUGGUGGAGGCGUACCAGCUGAGGGAGUGGCCCAGCCUGCAGGAACUGUUGCAUUGCUAUCUGAGGCUCAAUGAAAAGAAGAACCACAAGAUUAUAGUGAUGGCGUUUGUGGAUUUGCUCAUGCACCUCGUCUCUCAAGAUAAACAAGGCUUCUCUGCGUGCUGUCCCUGCCUACCAGAACAUGAUUGAUGAGAGUUCUUCUUUUUCUUUCUUUUCUUUUUUUUUUAGCUUCCUUUUCUUCUUCUUUUUUCCUCUUGUGCUAUAUGGUUUAAUGAUCAUGCCUUUUUUUUUUUCCUCGAUCGGUUCCUUUCUUUGGUUGGGAGGAAGGUAGUGAAUGUAUGUCUUCCACCGGAAGAAAUGAACCAGCGAGAGGUUAAAUUAAUUUUAGGUGAAUGCAGUGGAAGUUUGAUCGGUAGGUUCGGAAUUAGUUGGCUGUGGUGAUGAGAUAAGAGGGUAUACUCCUUUAUUCGUUUACUUUUCCAUAAGCUUGAGGAAAGCGAGUCAUCACCAAAGAUGGAGACUUCUAUCCAUCUUUGGAUAGGCAGCCACAGAUUAAUUUCUCUACGAACUUCAAACCACCACAGACCACAAUGCGUCAUACAUCAGCGUCGUGGAAGAGUGACGCAUCUGCAACCUCAGAUUUCAUUUGAUUUUGGCAGAAUUUUAUUGGCCAGAAAUGAAGAUAUUAGGAUUCUCCGAGCCAUGCGGUCCACUGAAUAUGCACCCAAUUUUGUAGAGAUGGUUACCGGCUCUUACAUCAAUUUUGUGAAUUAAUGUGGUCUUUAUCUGAGGUGCUCUCGACUUUUAGAAGUAUUAGAUCUAAUUACCUCAAAUUUUAGAAGCUUUAGAUUCAAUACUUAGCAUCAACUGGAUGAUAAUUUUCAUUUGAUGUGAACAGUACUGUGGUAUGGUCAAAAACAAAACAAAACAAAAACAAAAAUCAUUACUUUGUGGACAGUUGUUUUCAGUUACAGUGC